CGCGGUCAUUAUGACGGCAAUCCGGGCGUCGGAGUCACGGCGGACCCGAGGCGGGCACAUGUGAUGCGAUCAUGGCAACGUGAAUACCCCGUCCCGGCCAUCGUCGUCCCUCCCCCUUGCAAGCAAGCAGCUGCUCUCGUGUGACCUCUAGUCGUCGCCAGUCAGUCACCUCUCCAGCCUCCAGCACCAACCAUCCACCACCGAGCUAGCAGCUGUCUGCUCGCCUCCCCCACCUAGGCUAGGACUAGGAGCCACCAAACUCUGCCCCGCCAUGCCGGGCCUCGCCGCCUCAGGCAACUCGCCCCCGGCGGCGGCGCCGGCCCCGCGCCGUCUCUCGUCGCCGCUGCCCCGCCGCGCGCCGCCGUCCCCGUCGCCCUCCGCCUCCACGCGCGCCAAGCCGCGCCCCCCUCCCGCCCCCACCGACGACUCGCUGGACAACCCGGAUCUGGGGCCCUUCCUCCUGAAGCAGGCGCGCGACGCCAUGCUGUCGGGCGAGGGCGGCGGCGCCGCGCGCGCGCUGGAGUUCGCCGAGCGCGCCGCCAGGGCGCUCGAGCGCCGCGGCGAGGGCGCCGAGCUCGAGCUCGCCAUGAGCCUCCACGUCGCCGCCGCCAUCCACUGCGGCCUCGGCCGCCACGCCGACGCCAUCCCCGUCCUCGAGCGCGCAGUCGCCGUCGUCACGCCGCCGCCAGAGACGCCUGCCCCCGCUGCCGAGGCCGACGACCAGGCUGCCGAGGCCGACGACAAGUUGGGCGAGGAGUGGUCCCUCGCCGCCUUCUCCGGAUGGAUGCAGCUCGGCGACACGCACGCCAUGCUCGGCCGCAUGGACGACUCCAUCGCCUGCUACGGCAAGGGGCUCCAGAUCCAGAUGGCCGCGCUCGGCGACCGCGAUCCCCGCGUCGCCGAGACCUGCAGGUACCUGGCGGAAGCGCACGUGCAAGCUCUGCAGUUCGACGAGGCCGAGAAGCUGUGCCGCAAGGCCCUGGAGAUCCACCGGGAGCACAGCGCGCCGGCGUCCCUGGAGGAGGCCUCGGACCGGCGCCUGAUGGCGCUCAUCCUGGACGCCAAGGGCGACUACGACGGCGCGCUGGAGCACCUCGUGCUCGCCUCCAUGACCAUGGUCGCCAACGGCCGCGACAUCGAGGUGGCCACCAUCGACGUGGCCAUAGGCAACACGUACCUGGCCCUCGCCCGAUUCGACGAGGCCGUCUUCUCGUACCAGAAAGCGCUGACCGUCCUCAAGUCUGCCCGCGGCGACGACCACCCUACCGUCGCGUCCGUCUACGUCCGCCUCGCCGACCUGUACCACCGCACGGGCAGGCUCCGCGAGUCCAAGUCCUACUGCGAGAACGCCCUGCGCGUCUACGCCAAGCCCGCGCCCGGCGCUGCCCCCGACGAGAUCGGCGGAGGGUUGAUGGAGAUCGCUGCCAUCUACGAGGCGCUCGACGACCUCGACGAGGCGCUGAAGCUUCUGCAGAGGGCGCUGAAGCUGCUGGAGGACGCGCCGGGGCAGUGGAGCACCGUCGCUGGGAUCGAGGCGCAGAUGGGCGUGCUGUACUACAUGGUGGGGAGGUACGCGGAGUCGAGGAGCUCGUUCGAGAGCGCGGUCGCGAAGCUGAGGGCCAGCGGCGAGAGGAAGUCGGCGUUUUUCGGCGUGCUGUUGAACCAGAUGGGGCUGGCCUGCGUGCAGCUGUUCAAGAUAGACGAGGCUGCGCAGCUGUUUGAGGAGGCGAGGGCGGUGCUGGAGCAGGAGUGUGGCGCCUCUCAUCCUGACACUCUUGGCGUGUACAGCAACCUUGCUGCAAUCUAUGACGCCAUGGGAAGAGUGGAGGACGCGAUUGAGAUCCUGGAGCACGUGCUGAAGGUGAGGGAAGAGAAGCUUGGCACGGCGAACCCCGACGUGGAGGACGAGAAGAAGAGGCUGGCAGAGCUGCUGAAGGAGGCGGGGCGGUCGCGGAACCGGAAGCAGAAGUCGCUGGAGAACCUGUUCGGUACCAACUCACAGCGGGCGAAGAAGGAGGCCGGGAGGAGGUGGUCCAACUUCGGGUUCAGGAGCUGAGCUGAGGUGCCCUUUUUGUUUGUAACAUUAAAAAAAAAGGCACGUGUAAAGAUGUUGCUGUAGGUGAGUAGUAUUGUUAGCAAGGUGGGUGGUGAUUAUGCUGUUUGCUUGGCACUGCAUUGCUGUUACUGUUUUGGGUUAUUUUCGAGUUAAAAUUUGUUUUUUUUAUUAUUAACUGCGAGCUGAGCUGCUGUACCCGGAUGGAUGGAGAAAGAGUCUUUGUGGUGUUGACU